AUAAAGAUAAAGGAGAGAGAGAAAAUUAGAAUGAGAUGAUUCUAGUUGUAGAGUAGAGAAUAGAGAUGGGGUUAUCACUAUCAGCGUCGAAGAGAGUGGAGAAGAGUCUAUCAGACUCGGGCGAUUUCGACUCAGCAUGCGACUCGGCCUUCUCCCACUGCCUCUCCCUCACGCAGCACGCUUUCGAAGGAGUGUUGCCAUACCAACUGAAAAGCGCUUCCGAUCACAUCCACGUGAGCACGACGCACCCUCUGAUCAGGAGGUGGGUCCCCACGGCGCCCGAUCGAAGCCAAGUGGACGCCGCUCUACGCUCCCUCUCUUCAAACCCUAAUCCCGAUAAGAUUAAGGGCCUUUCACUUGCCCUAUUUAAGCAGUGGGCUAACCAACUAUACACUGAGGCUGUUCUCUCCGCUGCCACCAAAGCGCUUCUGCUGCGGCUUCCCCUGGGCGUCGCCGGGAUCGUCGGAAUCGGCGCCCUCGCUCGGCCUCCUCCGCACUUCGUUGGGACCUUCGUCGGAGCCUAUUCCCUCGGUGUGGCCCUCUCUAUUUUUCUUGGAUUAUCUGCUUAAUUCUAUUACUGCCUUUUUUAUUAUUA